AUGUCGGCGGUCGAAGCAGCGAUGCGACCACGAACGGCCCGUUUGCCGCAGAUGCGCUGCAAAGAGAAUCAGCGACCAAUGUUUCUACCAUCCAGCCCCGAUGACCCGCCGGAGAGCCUCGGACCAUACCAGGUCAAAUCCGGUGUCCUCGAGAAGACUUACCAUGCUUCUAGCCCAGGUUCACUGCAUGGUGGGCGCCUAUAUGCGCCCUUGGAACCGCCCUCUGCACUGCCGGGUUAUCUGGGCUCUACAAGCUUCACGGCAGUUCUGACCGAGCAUCGCAAUGAGAUUGCCUUUGAGCAGGAGAGUGUGGAGUCAUUCCCAGUUUUGGUAGUGGAGCCCGACCGGGUCCAGUCUGGAGCGGAGGUGUUGCUUUUCUUGUACAAUCUCAAAGAUCGCCGCAGGCUGGUCGAAAAGUUCUAUGUGCAAUCGUGGAAUGUGAUUGUUCCCAAAAUAGUCAUGGAUGCUAUCAUGAACUCUAUUGGCGAAAUCUUUGAUGGGUUCAACCCGAAUGAUCUGAUGCCCCAACUGCAGAACUUGGCCACCCAGAUUUUUCAAAAUUCCUCGCGGGCAUUGGUUACACAUCAGUCUAUGACUAUUAAGGAGUAUUGUGCUUCAUUUACGGGGCGUAACUUCCGUUGGGAAGCACUGGGAAAUAUCUUCACGCUGUGCGGACAGCAACUAGUGAUUACUCCCGACAAUGACCCAGAAGUAGCUGAAGGCGAUGAUCCACGAGCCAAGGACCGACUGUUGGAACAAGUGACUGUGGCUAGUACGAUAUGUCUCAAUUUCUGUGACCAGGCCUCCGCAGCCAACGAAAUGCUCGCGUACCUACAAUACAACGAUGUCAUGCUGCGAACACAGCAAUACGGAGACUCAAGCUACCAAGCAUGGCGUCGGCUGGGUGAUCUAACAGCUACCAUCUACGCCGCAGGGUUGCACAUGGACACUGAGAAUUCAGAUGAUUGUCCCUUUUUUCUUCGGCAAUGGCGGAGAUGCUGCUUUACCUCGGCAUUCUACAUGGACAAAAUGAUGGCGACAUUCGUCGGCCGGCCACCCUUAUUGAACUACCGAUAUUGCACAUUAACCUCCCCUCUGGAUUUAAGUGAUGAGGCCCUUGUAGCAGGGGGUGAUGCGCUAAAACAAGCUAUUUCCGAACUUGACCCUGCAGGCUGGAGUACUCAAGGGGUUCGUCACCGAAUGUCGUCUGGAAGAAUUCGUUUCCACCUCUCCUUAUUCAGGGAAAAAACACUUGAGAUUGCACUGGGCACCUAUGAGCCGCAUGAUCUGAUUCAAAAGUGCAAUGGAAUACGAGAAGGUGUGCGUGCAGUGUGGGAGGCAACUCCAGACCAUCUUCGAUAUGAUCGUUGGCCGGAAGGUGAUUUCCACUACGGGUGGCUAACCACCGUAUAUCUCUAUCUCAACUACCUGUACACCUGCUUUCUGCUCCAGCGGGCCCUGAUCAAGCAUACGAAUACCGGACAGGAGGAGCUCUGCGACAUAUCGCGCCAGGUUCUGGGCAUUGUGAACAGGAUCACCACCAAGCGCAGCCCGAUGGUGGACCUUGAUAGGCAUUAUUCUUGGAUCGCCUUGACCUACGGUGUCCCGAGCUCCGCUGUUCUUCUGCUUGAACUUCUGCGUCAGUCCCACGAGCCCGGACCACACAACAUGGUCCUUCCACGCGCCGAGCUAGUUCGUAACCUGAGCGUUUUCAUAUCAAUGCUUUCCUGGAUUGCACGUCCUGGGCAUGGCAAUUACCACACAUGCAAAGAAGCCGAGAAAAACCUGUCCCGCAUGUUAGACCAGGUUCUUGAUCCGCAGCCUGUACAUGCCGAGAUUGUGCACGACGUCACGUCUGGCCUGUCUAACUUCUUAAACUUGCCGAAUUACAACAGCUGGGACUUUAGCUCGGAGUACUUUCCUGUGACGAAUGGGUUUGCGCCGUGA